AUGACUACCAAGUUGGACACUUUGACAGUAAACUUCUCCAGUGCACCCUACCAGCGUGCUUUUACUGCAUCUACUAGCCCUGUUGUCUUGUUUAAUAUCCUGGAUCACUACUUGCGCCGCAAUGAACCCGAAACUAAAGUUGUUGGUGCCAUUCUAGGUGCUCGAAGCACCGAUGGUACUGAAGUAGAGAUCCGAAACGCUUUUGCUUUGAUUUACACUACCGAAGAAAAUGAAAUUAGCCUUGACAGAGAACAUUAUCGUGCCAUGUACGAAUUACAUCAAAGAGUUAAUCCAGAAGAGAUUAUUCUUGGUUGGUAUACUGCUGGAAAAGACUUGACUCCUUCUUGCACUCCCGUACAAUCUUUCUUUACUGAAGAUACGUCUCCCUUCCAACCUAUUCAUAUUACUGUUGAUAUUGAUGCUCUCUUCAAGAGCUCUGAUAUGGGUCUUUCUGCCUAUGCUUGUGCUCCUGUUGGAUUUUCUAGCAAGCCAGGAGACUGCUUAUUCUUGUCUGUCCCAUGUGAAGUGAAAUACCUUGAUGCUGAAAGAAGUGGAUCCAAAUCAAACGAUAACCGUACUGCCUCAUUAAUCUCAGAUAUGGAUCAUCUUGAAAUUGCUGUCACUAAGCUUCAGGAAAUGCUUGAAAGAAUCAGUAAAUAUGUUGAUGGUGUUGUCAGCGGUGAAGUGCAACCUAAUAACGCCAUUGGCAGAUACAUCAUGGAUACCGUUUCCGUUGUGCCCAAGAUUGACAGCACAUCAUUCGAAAAAAUGUUCAACUCUCACUUGCAAGACCUCUUGAUGGUAGUUUAUCUUGCCAAUAUGACACGUACACAACUCGCUGUUGCUGAACGUUUACAAUUAUUGGUUCCAAACUAA